AGUGCUAAAUUUCAGUGAUUUUACCUAUACAUUUUAAGCACUUAUUGACUUAUUUUAUAAGUCAUUUGAUGUAAAACCCUCAACUAUUUGUAAAUAUUAGUAUUUACUAGCAAAUUAGUAUUUUAACUAUUUUCACAUAUUUUCCCUUACUUUUGUAGGUUUUAGCUAUUAUAUAUUAAUUAUAUAAGAUACAUAUUAUUAUAUUAUGAUUAAUGUUUAUUUAUGUGUUAAUAGAUCAAAAAAGAAGUGCAAGGAUACAAUUACAAGUAGGCUUAAAAAGAAAAAGGAAACAAUGCGGUCCAAUUGGAAAAGAGGAGCAGAGAGUUAAGUUGCAGACACCACCGUUUUGCUUUCUUAAUACUAAAGGAAUUGCAUACUUAAGUGAUAUAUUAGAAAAAGCCUAUAAAAAGCAAUCAGUGGUCAUUCAUUCAUUCUUACACUCUCAUACACACGAGAGAACAGAGAGUUAAAAACAGAGGGGAAAGACAGAGAGUGAGCAUAGAACGACGGAGGAAACGAGUUGGAUGCACACCAACUGUUCGAGAAAUCAACCGGUGUUGUUAUUUCAUCUAUUUUCUUCUCAUUUGUGUAAACUAUCAUGAUAAUGAGUAGUUAAAGACACUUUUGUUGGGAUUAGGUGUAAAUUACUCUAUUAGUAUGUGUUUCUAUUGAUCAUGGUUUUAUAUAUGGUUUUAGUUGUCUCUCAAUAUUGAUGUUAUCUUUGUUUUCAUUGUUUUAAUCUCUGAUUUGAAUUGUUAUAGACAUAUACCUUUUGAAUCUAAGAACUAGGAUAAUAUCUAUUGAACUCUAAAUUCUAGACAUAGAUUUAGGUUUAAUAUUCACUUAGAGUAUCGAAUCUUAAUGCUAUUGUAUUGAUUGAUGACCCGAGACAUCGGAUGUUAAUAGAUGCAAUAGAUAUCUCGAUGUUAUCUGGACACGGAAACGUUCGACGAGCGAUACGUGAUAAUAUUGAUAGAUGACUAGAACCUGUGUAGCUGAUUAGGGGAAUAUGUAUGAAUGAGUGAUUGAAAUCUAAUCCCAGCAAUUUAAUCUCUCUGUCAAAUUAAUCAUCUUUACUACUUUCAUAUUUUCUCGAACUUUCACAAACAAUCAUCUUCAAAACCAUUCACUUGAAAUUAUAUUAAUUGUUGAACGGCAUCGAUAUCGCAUCAGUCCCUGUGGAGACGAUAAAAACAUACUUACUUUUGUACUUCAACAAAAUGGCGCCGUUGCCGGGGAUUGACGUUUAGAUAUUGGAGCAUUGCAACAAUUUAUAUUCUUUUAAGUAUUUGUGUAUAUUUGUUUAUAUUGUAUAGUUUUUCUUGUACUAAUCCUUCUUUGCUAGACAAAAAAAAAUUGUUUUUCUUGUUUGUUAAAUCCUUUUUCAGAUUUCCCAUUAAAAGUUAAACCAUGACUGAUCGUGGUUAUUACAACUUCUAUACUCCGGGUGAGUAUGAAUCAUAUCAACAGUUUCCUCCUUAUAAUUAUGGGCAAACUUCAGAGGCUAGAUUGGAGGAGACCAUGAUUAAAUUCAUGGAAAUGCAGCAGCAACAAAACCAACAGUGGCAAGACCAACACCAACAAUAUCUGAAAAACAGUCUUGCACGGGCCAAAAAUUUGGAAAAUCAGCUUGUUCAGUUGGCUAAACAGUUAGCCAAUAACAAUAACCAAGGAGGAACAUUUCAAACCAACACACAAACCACUCCUGACGAGAAAGAUAAUAUUCUAAAUGAGGAAAGUGAAGAGAGUGUGGAAGGUGUUGAAAACAAUGAGGAGGAAAGAAUGUUCGAAGGAUGUGGUGUAAAGAAAAUAGUGAAAGAAAUAGAUACACCGCAUGAAGUUGAACUUCCUCAAGAAUUGCCAUGUACGGUGGAAGCUAACACUGUUGAUAAGGAACAAGUGAUGAUGGUUGCGGAGGAAAAUGAAGGAUUAUUUAGCAAGGAAGAAUCAUGUGAACAAAAGAAGGAGAUGGAAAACAAGGCGAAGGUUGAUCGAGUCAUAGAUGAAAUUUGUGCCUUGUUUAAUAAAAAAGAAUUAGGGAGGAUAUGGACUCCGCAACAUUUAUAUCUAAAAUUCAUGGAGUUCCUCCAUAACCGAAGGAAAAAGACGGAUGAUGUGCUUUCCGUCUCAUUUUGGCCACCCUAACCAAAAAGGCGUCAAGCUAGUGACGUUAAAGAAGCGCUUGUUGGGAGGCAACCCAAUUUUCUAUCAUUACUAUUUAAUUUUUGCAAUUUAUAAAUUUAGUAUAUUUAGGCAUGUUUUGAAAGGUUUUAAAUGAGCCAAAGUUGAACCAUCAUGACUAUUUUGUGUUCAAUAUCAUAUAAAUUCAGGUUAUGCUACUGUGGUUAGUGAAACUUGUUUUGAAAGAUCAAAUAUCUAGCUUGUGCAUGUCUUAAUUUUUUAUUUUAUUUUUUUAGUUUUCAUUUAACCACAAUUGACUCCUGUGUUUGGAAACUCUCAAGCUCAACAUGGUAAACUCUGUGGACCUUUUUCUCCUAACAUAAGGCUGAUAUGCUAUCUUUGCACAGUUUUACUGCAUACCCUUUGCUUUGAAUUGUCCUUGCUGAAUGCUAGAAUUGUUUUACUUAAAUUGAAGCAUGACUAGUGAGAAGUAGAUGAUACCUUUUAAAUUAUGGACUUAUGUCAAGGACUGUUUUCUCUUAGAUUGAAUGUUGAUUAUGUUUUUGUUGCUGCCCUGCUAUUCUUAAAAGCUUACCUUGUUAAUAUGUUCAACUUUGGAUUGCAUAUGAGUCCUCUUAAUGAUGUUUCUAUAAGAUUCUUAGUUCUAAUCAUUUAUUGAAACUCAUAUUACUUUUGUGCUUUGUUGGAACUAAGGGGCAGUACUCUCUCUUGUCACAUGAAUUUGAACUUAUAAGUAGUUAGAACUGUGGCUUGGUAUUGACAUGUUGAAUUUGUGGUUAGAAUCUUGUGAGUCUAAAUGUUGAUUACUUAGAAAAAUUGCUACUGAUAGAUUUGAGGUUGCUAGCUCAUUUUAAUUGUGAUGGACACUAUCAUGAAUGCUUCUAGUUACUUUUGAGGUCAGUGAGUUAUUGUUCCAUUGAAGCUGAAUAAUGUCAUUUCAUAGUGCAUUCAUGAUUAUGCAUAUGCAGCAAGGCACACCAAUUCCUUUUGCUCGGCCUACACUUGAGAUCUUUGCUGCAUUUGUUAAAUGGCCUGGGGUCAGUCCACAUGUACUGGAGGGGGCAGCUCAUCAAAAUGAUGUUGAAGUUGGAGAUAAUAAUGAGCAAGAUGGAGGAGAGCAUGGAGCUUAAAGCACGCCAAUCCCAGUGAACUUUUACAGUUUUUAUUAUUAUUAAUUCAGUCUUUAAUUUCAGUUGACUAAUUUUGAAUAUGUUAGAUUCAUGAUGUUUGUGAAAUUUUGAAUAUGUACUCUGAACAUGUGGUACUUGGUUUUUUUUAUUUUUUUAUUUUUUAUUUUUUUGUUGAAUUAAAUGACAUUUGGUAAUUUAUAUUAUAUUAGUAAGUAGUUACUAUUGUGAAUAUUGUGAAUACUUUUUGAAAACAAGCUCACAUGUUUUUUUUUGAAGAUCCGAAAGACAGGUUUGUGGUAAACCAAUGAGCAAACAUGAUAAUUUUGAUUUGUAGAGCUUUAUGUCAACUUUUGAUUAAUGUUUGAAAUAUGCUUAGGAACUUAACAUGUUCUUGAAUUGUGUUGUUUGUCCUAAGAUGAUUCUCAUUAUUUUUGUUGAACAUGAUUGAAGCUUGUGUUAUCCAAUCUAGCCGGGUGAGAAUGUGUGAACUUUCCAUUGUUUACAUAAAUAUUUGAGAGCCGGCAAUUGUGUAUGCUCAUUUGAUUUUAACUUAAUCUUGUUGUCAUUAAUAUGUUUGAUGUUGUGGAUAUGAUCAAGGCCUUGUUUCUUUUUGAGUGAUAACUACUUGGCCAAAUUUAACCUACCUUGUGAGAUAGUGAUCUUUUGUGUCCCCAUUUGAGCCUUAAAUUUUGAAAAUUGUUUGUUUUAUAAACCCUGAAACCAAAAGAAUAGAAAAACAACUACUCUACCCUUGUCUUAGGAUAGGAGAGCAAUUGUAUUUCAUUAAGGGUUAUGUCAAGAUUCAAGUUGGGGAGAAGUAGGUUGAAAGUAAAAUAAAUAAAUUGGUUUGAAAAAGUAGUGAAUUGGUGAUUGAAAAUAUAAAAAAAAAAAAAAAAAAAAAAAUUGAAAAAUAGUUGUAUGACACAAUUGAAAUUCAAAAAAAAAAAAAUGAGAAAAGAAAAUAAGUUUUCUGAAGAAGUGUCAGAACAAAAGAAUCACCAGAAAAGAAAAAGGGGAAAGUGAAAGGGAGUGAAUGAAUCAUGAGAUGAAAUUAUGCUGGUUUUGUGCUCUCUUAUCCUUGAGGCUUUUUGAAUCCAUAGAAAAACAAUGACUUUUUGUAGCCCAGCCCCGUUACAAGCUUUAUGAAGUCCUUAGUGAUCCACGACUGAUAGCAUGUUUUGUUAUAUUGCUUGGAUGAAUGUUUGAAUUGAAUUGUUGCAUGCACAUUGCUUGGAUUGAGUGAAACACUUGCCCUUGAGUGAUAUAUUUGUGAGAAAUUUGUGAUAACACUUGAAUCUUAAUUGUUUGAUAAGAAUGUUGAGAAUUUUGCUUAGGCGUAGCAAUCACUUCAUGAUCAUGCUUUGUUUCUUUGAAUAUUUUAAGGAUUAGUCUUUAGUUGGCAUUGCUUUACUCAUGCUAGAAGAAGAAGAUUUUCAAACUUUGAUUGAUUACAAACCCACUCUUGAGAUUGCAAAUUUUGAGCUUGUCUAUAUUUUGAUAUUACCUUUUGUUUGAGGACAAACAAAGUCCUAAGUUGGGGAGAGUUGAUAAGUGCUAAAUUUCAGUGAUUUUACCUAUACAUUUUAAGCACUUAUUGACUUAUUUUAUAAGUCAUUUGAUGUAAAACCCUCAACUAUUUGUAAAUAUUAGUAUUUACUAGCAAAUUAGUAUUUUAACUAUUUUCACAUAUUUUCCCUUACUUUUGUAGGUUUUAGCUAUUAUAUAUUAAUUAUAUAAGAUACAUAUUAUUAUAUUAUGAUUAAUGUUUAUUUAUGUGUUAAUAGAUCAAAAAAGAAGUGCAAGGAUACAAUUACAAGUAGGCUUAAAAAGAAAAAGGAAACAAUGCGGUCCAAUUGGAAAAGAGGAGCAGAGAGUUAAGUUGCAGACACCACCGUUUUGCUUUCUUAAUACUAAAGGAAUUGCAUACUUAAGUGAUAUAUUAGAAAAAGCCUAUAAAAAGCAAUCAGUGGUCAUUCAUUCAUUCUUACACUCUCAUACACACGAGAGAACAGAGAGUUAAAAACAGAGGGGAAAGACAGAGAGUGAGCAUAGAACGACGGAGGAAACGAGUUGGAUGCACACCAACUGUUCGAGAAAUCAACCGGUGUUGUUAUUUCAUCUAUUUUCUUCUCAUUUGUGUAAACUAUCAUGAUAAUGAGUAGUUAAAGACACUUUUGUUGGGAUUAGGUGUAAAUUACUCUAUUAGUAUGUGUUUCUAUUGAUCAUGGUUUUAUAUAUGGUUUUAGUUGUCUCUCAA